GACAAACUCCAGGCUCACAUCCAGACCCUGAAGGACAGGAGACAAAAACUGGUGGGGCUCAAAGAGGCCGAAGAGCAGAAACACCGGGAUUUCCUCGCCCGGGUGGACGCGGAGCGGCAGAAGGUGGCGGCGGAGGCCCAGGAGCUGCACCGAUUGGUAGAGGGGCAGGAGCGGCUCCUCAUGGAGGAGAUUCGGCGGCUGGAGGAGAAGUGGCGGCAACCGGCGUGUGAGUUCCUGCAGGACAGCGGCGACAUCCUGAGCAGGCUCGAGGAGGCCGGGGCCCAAAAGGCAGAGGAGGCAUCGCCCGAGUUGGGAGAGGAACCCACGGCUCCGCCCCCCAAAAAUGCGGCCCUGAAGGAGACGCUGAUGAAAUUUCGAGUGAGUCCGACGCUGGAUCCAGAGACCGCCCACCCUCGCCUCGUCCUAUCGGAGGACGGCAAGCGCGUCAGGUGGGACGACACCCGCCAACCCGUCCCGGAUAACCCCAAACGUUUCGACUCCUCCCGUUGCGUCCUGGGCCUCCGUGGUUUCCGCGAGGGGUGCCACUACUGGGAGGUGGAGGUGGGCGAGGGGGACGCCUGGGCCCUGGGGGUGGCCAAGGAGUCGGUGAGGAGAAAGGGGCGAAUCCGCGUCAACCCCGAGGUGGGGAUUUGGGCGGUGGGGCAGUGCGGGAGCCAAUACCAGGCCUUGGCCUCUCCCACCGUCCCCAUCUCCCUCCCGGCCGCCCCCAGAGCGGUCGGGGUGUACCUGGACUACGAGGCAGGGCGCGUGGCCUUUUUUGACGCCGCCACCCAGGCCCCCAUCUUUGCCUACCCCCCGACUUCCUUCGCGGGGGAGCAAAUCCUCCCCCUGCUUUGUUUGGGGAGGGGGUGCCGGUUCACGCUGUCCCCUUGA